UUAAAAACUAAAACGGAAUAUUAAUCACGUGAACACUCCAACCUAAACCACCACUAACAUCCAAGAUUCACGCUUCCCGACUUGUACCAAAAGUCGAAGCAUCUUCUUCACUUUUUGUCACGCCACCGUCAACUCUUCAGCCACCACCACCGCCUCCGCCGCCGCUCCUCUUUUUCUCCGGCGAUGAACUCCGUCUCUCUCACCACCGCCUGCAACUCUUGCACUCUUCCACAACUCCAACAUCUAUUCACACUUCAUCAUCACCCUCAUAAAUCCCUUAUUAAUCAGAAGAGGAGAAUUAGGAAAGGAAGGUGCAAGGCGGCGUUAGCACACGACGCUCCGUUCGUGGUGGCGAUGGGUGCGUGUGUACUAAACUCAUUGGUGUUUCCGCUUCCUAUGAGUCCGAACGACGACGAAGAGAGUAACUCGGUGAUCGAUUCAGCCGAUGCAAGGUUUGCUGUCAUGGGGAUUAUUAGUUUCAUUCCUUACUUUAACUGGAUGAGUUGGGUGUUUGCUUGGAUGGAUACCGGGGAUAAACGUUAUGUCGUAUAUGCUAUUGUUUACUUGGCUCCUUACUUAAGGUCGAAUUUGUCAUUGUCACCUGAUGAAAGUUGGUUGCCUAUUGCCAGCAUUAUUCUCUGCAUUCUACACAUUCAGUUAGAAGCCAGCAUCAAGAACGGAGAUUUGCAGAACUUUCCAUUAUUGAAUCGAAAGAAAGAUGGUAGAAUCUCCGAACAGGAGACAAGAAAAGAUGAACGAAACCUACCUUCCGCAAACGAUGAACCAAGAAAUAAGAUUAGAUAUUGGGGGAUCCCUAAAAAGCAUACUCGACAAGUUGAGCAUUCGGAUGAGGAAGAAGAGGAAGGGAAAGAAGAAUAGGUACUCUCAUCAAUACUACUCAAAUGGUUUUCAACAUAAGCUGUUCAAUUGCUUUACAAUUUGAUUCAUCAAGUAUUGGACACAUUUCAAACUCACAAAUUCAUAAAUAGAAAAUCAGUAGUAUCUUUCCUUCCUUUC